CUCCCAAAUUAUGGUCGGUCGUAUAUGCCGUCGAAGGACAAAGUUAUGCUAAUUUUCUCCCCAUUUCACCGGGUCCCACCUUUGUACCUGGUACUCGAAGUGUCGGAGCGUCAGCAGAGAUGGUGAAGUGAGCGCCGCGAGAUGGUGCCGUGUGUGGUAGCUCUCCUGCUGCUGGCCGGGGCAUCGCCUUUGGACGCUCUCGACAUAUCUCAAUGCAUCGCGCCGUUGGGCAUGGAGAGUGGACUCAUUCCCGACAAGGACCUCACUGCAAGUUCGUCCUUCAACGACGGCAACGUGGGACCACAGAACGGAAGAUUAAAUCAAGAGAUAAAGGGGGGCGCGUGGUGUCCCAAGUCUCAGAUUACGACCGAAUCAACUGAGUGGCUAGAGAUCGACUUGCAUUCGGUGCACGUGAUUACUGGCACCGGCACCCAGGGCCGCUUUGGCAACGGCCAGGGUCAGGAGUAUGCGGAGGCGUACGUGUUGGAGUACUGGCGUCCGAAGCUCAACAAGUGGGUGCGAUAUCGAUUCGCCGACGGAAAGGAGGUUCUACAAGGUAACACAAAUACAUAUCUUGAGAAAAAGAACCACCUGGAGCCUCCGAUUUGGGCAUCGAAGAUUCGCGUCAUACCGUAUAGCUCGCAUCGUCGCACCGUCUGCAUGCGAGUCGAACUUUAUGGCUGCAUUUGGAGUGUUGGUAUCGUCGCGUACUCAAUGCCGAAAGGAAACAAAAGAAACAAUGGCAUCGAAUUGACCGACACUAUCUACGACGGGCAAUGGGGAGACGAACUUCGGGGAGGUCUGGGGCAACUGGUUGAUGGACAGUUCGGUGGUGACGACAUCCGGGAGGCCACCAAGAACUCGCCGUGGGUCGGUUGGAGGAACGACUCCUGGCCUACUCCGCCCGUAAUAACUUUCGAGUUUGACAAAGUUCGGGAGUUUAGCGCCGUGCACCUAUACUGCAACAAUCGAUUUAUGAGAGAUGUCCAGGUCUUCUCUGAGGCAAUAAUAUCGUUUUCCAUUGGUGGUCGUCAUUUCCAAGAUGAGCCUAUCCGGUACACGCACAUUGAGGAUAACAUUUUCGAGAACUCCCGUAACGUGACUAUUAAACUGCAUCACCGUAUAGGCAAGUGGGUGCGCAUCGAGUUGCGCUUCGCUGCGAGGUGGAUACUCAUCAGCGAAAUCGUCUUUGACUCCGAUAUUGCUCAGGGAAAUUAUACACCAGAGAGCUUAAAGCCGCUAGGUGGCAAAGACAAAAUGAAAAUUACGACGAACAAAGAAGUGCCCAUAUCGACGGCGCACCACGAUGACCCGUUGUACUUAGCCAUAGUUGUGGGAGUGCUUACCGCGUUGGUGAUACUUCUUGUGGUGGCUGUGUUCCUAAUAGUGCACAGACAUAGGCAUAGGAAAUGCUUUGCGUCGUCUCUGGCUAAGUCGACGGUGACGCAGAAACGCGCGGUGGACAGCUACAGCCGCUGCGGCACUUCGAUACUACCUGACAACAAGAUGAACAUAGACUGCGCCCUAGAUGUUAAGUCCGAUGAAUAUCAAGAGCCAUACCAGGCUCUCAAGUGUGCACCGUAUUUUAGCUAUAGUACUGUACUGCUCGAGAUGAAAGACUUUGUUAAAGAUUCUAAUACCGCGCUCUCAGAUAGUUCAAACUACGACUACGCGGUGCCAGAGCUGAGUUCGGCGCCGCUGCUGACGAAGCGGCGGCUGGCCAACAGCCUGUCAGAUCGAGUCACCGAGCUUGCCUCCGACCACGUGGACAAACUCGAUUUGGACGCGCGCCGUUCCACGCCUGCUUCCCUGCGAUCCAAACACAGCACUCGGUCACCGAGUCAACACGAAGUAUUUCUAGAUCUGAAGCGGCGGUUAGAAACUACUAACGUCAUCGAGUUCCCGAGGCACAGACUGAGGAUGAUCUCCAAACUAGCCGAGGGUGCUUUUGGCACUGUGUACGUGGCGGAAGCAGACGGAGUGCCGGAGUACAAUGGAACCAUUACCUCGGAGAAAAGACUCGUCGCUGUGAAGUUCUUAUGUCACGACGCGUCUAUAAAGGAGAGGGAGGAGUUCGAGCGCGAUGUUCGUAUCUUAGCAGCGCUGUCGUCGCCCCACCUAGCACGCGUGUUAGGAGCGUGUCGCACGCCGCCUCUUGCAGUAGUACUGGAAUACCUGGAACUAGGAGACCUUUGCGCUUUCUUGCGCAGUGCAGCCCCACAGUCUACGGCCACAGUACUCCACAUUGCCACACAAAUAGCAGCUGGCAUGCAGUAUCUCGAGUCGCUUAACUUUGUUCAUAGGGAUCUCGCUGCAAGAAACUGUCUAGUGGGUAAAAACUAUCAAGUGAAGAUAAGUGACUUUGGAACAGACAACGAGACUUACGCGUGCGACUAUUACAAAGUGGAUGGACGAAUCCCGUUGCCGCUGCGGUGGGCGGCGUGGGAGUCGGUGUUGCUCGGCAAGUACACGACUAAGAGCGACGUGUGGGCCUUCGCUGUCACACUUCACGAGCUCUUUACACAAUGUCGCCGGCGCCCUUACGAUCACAUGACCGACAACGAGGUGCUAGAAAACCUUUCCCAUUUGCAAGCGGAUGACGGCGUAUUCGAGUGCAUCCACAGGUCGGCGGGAUGCCCGCGAGACCUCUAUGAGCUGAUGUGCGAAUGCUGGCGACGUGACGAGCUCGAGCGGCCUGCCUUCGCGGAAAUACACCUCUUCCUCCAGCGCAAGAGCAUCAAUGUUGCCACCUCGUGAUCUUGGUACUUCACAUGCCCCCACCUCCAGGGCAUGACCGAAUAACCCCACGUGUGGGGCAACAGUUGAGACCAACUGGAUAGUGGCGCGGAAUUGGUUACAAGGUUUUAACGCGCGACUCUUAAUUGUACUUCUGUACUUAGGUCUUGCACUUAUACCAUUAACUUUCGACCAUUAUGUAGGUCAGCCGACAGACUUACGUAUAUUAAGUAAUUGAAGAGUGCAUUGCGAAAUGUAAAGUUUGUAAGCAAUCAUCGAUUUUUCAGUAAGGUCUACUUUUCUUACAUUGUCAGAACCUUAAAGGAAAGUCGGUGGUUCAUAUUUGGGUUUUACUUGAAAUUGUAACGUUGCAUUAUUCCUUUUUAAGACUAAUUUGAGUAUGCGUAGAUUUAGGGCGUGCGAUUUAUAUUUUUCUAUUUAUUGAUUUAUGUAUUUAUAGUGUUCUUGACUGAAAGCUUAUUCUUCUCUGUGAUACUACUGUUUAGUUUUAUAUUUCCACAUAUCGUGCUAGCGAGUUGCAGUUUUCCUAAGUGUAUGUGUCUGUCCUGACUGGAUUUUAAGUAAAACCCGAAUUCGAAGAAGUUGUAAGCACAACUUCUUUGCAUCGGUUUGUAAGAGGUUUUUGUAUGUACCAGUUAGUACUCAACGUUUGCUCCAAUUUGUUUUCCGGGCUAAAUCUGAGUUAUCGAUGGUGUGAUCAUUUCACUCAUUGUUGCUCUAACUUUUAUUACUUUAGGAUGGCUCAUGCGAUGUAGCUAAUUGUUUUAGGAAACUGUAGUUUCAGAUUAUUUAUCCGAGUGUCGGCGACAGUGCUUGAGCCAAUUUUUUUAAAUUUUAAUUGAAUGAGUUUAAAAAUUUGUGCAUGCGUGCGUCUCUUGAAUCUAGAGCCGGAGUGUAUUUAGAUUGUAUUCAGUCAAUUAUAGUAACAAUGUAUGAGAUGGAAACAUUGCGUGUUCUAGCCCAUGGGUUUUUGUACUUAAUACAUAGUGGUUUGAUGGUAGACGCUUUUCACGUCCUGGCUUGAGCACAGCUUCACUCCUGGCUAGUGUAGGGCAGGGCCAGAUCACGCAAUUGCCUCGAUAUGCUCGGAAUAUUGCCUAAAAAAUUUUUCGUGUCUUCCGUAGCGUGAAUCGUUUCUGUUUGAUAUUAAUUCUAUUUACAAGUACAAAUAAUAUGUUAGAUCUUAAACUAUUUACAGCGUAACUGUAGCUUUUUAAAAACGCGAACAAUAUACAAGCAAUAUAAUGUGACAUAGCGCUAUGUUCUUAUCAUUUAUCACUACUUUUCUAAAAAAUUCUCAGCAGCUCGCGAUUGUUAGACUCGAAAUUAGAGUAGGGCACUGCACUAAUCAAGUGAUCUUGAAUCAUGGAAAUCAGUGAAAUAUAAGAUCUCAAAUCUCAUCUCUGUAAAAUAUAAAGGCUCAAAAUGAAGAAUAAUUUGUUAUGAACUGUGAUAAAGGUUCGUCAAACUUAUUGCUAUUCAAUGUAUUGAUAAUUCAUGCUACGGAAAGCAAAAUAUUAAAGUACUUAUUACUAAAUAGUUUUACGGCUGUUUAACUUUCAUGAGUGAGCUACGUUUAAUAGACAUAAGUAAUCCGUUCUUCCUUUUCCAUAGACGGUGGUCUUUGUAUGGAGUUUACAAACUACUUAAAUUAUCUUGACAAUUUUUGAUUGCACGUUGUUUGAAAUGUUGUAGUAACGCAAUUCGAUCUCACGCAGUUUUCGUAGGGCCAAACAUGUGUUGAACUAAAGAAGCAGGUCGUCUCGGUCUGUGUAGAAGUCUUUUGCGAAACGAUUGGGCUGCGCAGUAGAUACGUCAGAAAAAAUACCACGUCUAGCAAAUUAUUUGGGCAUGAAUGUGAUUUUAAAGCUGUACUAUAAAAAAAUAUUAAACAUAUUUCGUACAAAACUGUAUGAAAAAUUUAAUUUUAUAGGGUCGUAUGUAGAGCCCAUUCCAGAUUAGAGUUACCAACCUAUUAUAUACAGUCUUCUAUUUUCAUAUGCCACACGUUUAACUGGUAAACUCUUGGGCGGUUGAUUUUUUAAUUGUAAUAGUUAUUUUUCGUCUAAUAUUUGGUUAAAAUUUUUAUUUAUGUACAAAAAACAAUUCUAUAACGUUUUGAAAAUAAUAAUCCUUUUACUGGCAGACUACUAUAUAGAGCUUUGAUGAGUUUCACAGAUGUCUAAUCAUUAAGUAAAUGCUAAAUUCUAAUAGAAAUUAUAAAAAAUAGACCUCUGCUUUGAUAAUAGUAGUAAGAAUUGUUAGUGAUAGCGCAUCUGAAUCGAUUAAAUGAAUUUUAUUAAGAGUAUUUAGUAUAUUUAAUAGUUGAAAAGUUGUCUAUUUUCCGUAGUUUGCUAUGUUAAAGUUAGGGACGGUAGUCACGACAAUAUACAUGAUUAUAAUGUAUUUAUAACAUUUUGUAUUCUAGGGUGGAUACUUAAUGCGAAGUGUGCAUGUUUUUGUUAUAUUACAGAUAGAAAGUUAAUAUUAUAUGUAUAGGUAUGUAUUUGACAAUCUCGAGCAACGAUAGCAAUAAAGUAGUACAAUUUUUCACUUCGCCGUGAGUAAACACGCUUGAAUCUCUAGCCGCAAACAAAUUUACUGGCUCAAGACUACAAAACAACGUAUACGUAUACUUUAUGCUUAAAUUCUUCAAACAGCCGUUAUUUAAUUCAGUGAAAGGAAUGACAAUAUCUAUUUUAUGUACAGAUUUAUUGAGGCGGUGAUAUAUAUCGUUGUUUUGUAGACUUGGCGUAAGUUUUACACCUAUUCUACAGCCCUUAUUCGUACGGCAGAAUAUCUAUGUUUUUAGUUUAGUAGUUAAUAGAGGGUGUCAUAUGAACAUUCAUGAAUUUCAUACAAUACAUACACUAUUGUUAGGCUCCGCGGUGUCUAAUUGAGAAAAACAGCCCGUUAUACCAUAUAACGACUUUUUUUAUGACUUCAAGUGACGGGACGAACAAGUCAUGCGCCUGAUCGUAAACUACACGCCUGUCCGUAACAGUUGCAGUGCCACUCAAAACAUGAGACAAGUUGACAAAUCCCAUAUGCCUAAAAAGUAAGUUCACCAGCAACCUUACCCUUCAAAACCGGAACACAGUAAUGCUGCCUUUACUGCUUGGCGGCAGAAAUUCGUAAGGUGGCAGAUAGAACAGCCAACUUAGUACGUCUAGGGUAGUCCCUGGACGAACUCUUUCACAAGGAGCACUACUGCUACUAGAAGACUUUGUAAUCAUGUUUGCACUUUUUGAUAAUUCCAUUUGUUCAAACACAUUUGUUGACAAUAUUGCCACGUACGUGUUUAGUACAGUACGAGGUGGAUAGUUGCACAGAACCCUACUUUAACCCACACUGACUGGUUAGAUCUUUUCAGAUUCUGAAAACAAUUCUCAUUCGAGAGAACAGACUUAAUACAAUUCGGGUGUUAUUCUUUAAUUAUUCCUUAUAUUUCCGUAAUUGCGGGCUAAAUACAUUUAUUAUAAAUUAACUUUCCAUUAUUAGUUAUAAUAAUGUUUUUCUUAUGUAUACCGGGCGUCGAGUGUUAUUUAAGCAUGGCGUAACCCCACAUUGCAUCUCAACGUGUGUAAGGACUAUUUCGAAAAAUUGUUACACAGUUGUUGAUAUGUUAUGUAAAUAUUAUGUCGAUGGUUUGACUAGCAACACGUUAGGUUAGCGCGGUUAUAACAGUUGCCUAUAAAAACCCAUAAAUAUGGACGGAAUUUUACAAAAAUUAUGUAAAAAUCCUUAUUUUUUAUACAUAUAUAAUAAGUUACUAAUGUAACUUACAACAACGCGAUCAAAUUAAAAUGUAUUUAUUAUAAGAAAUUCCCAUGUAACAAUGUCUGAACUGCGAAGGGAAGUAGAAUAGGUGUUCGAAAGGUAACUUUCGUGUAUCUCUAGUUCUUAUGUUCUCUGUUAUGGACCGAAACAAACGGCUUAACUUGAAAAGCUUAAUAAAUUAAGCACUUGAUUAGAUGUAAGCGAGGCUUUAUUUGCAAUGUAGAAAGUUUUAUUCACUAUGAUUAUAUCGUACACUGACGGAACCAAUCUUUACUAGGCUAAUGGAACACAUAGAGAUCUAACUAUUUUUUAAGUAAGUAGGGCCAUUAUACAGGGCGCAACAAAAAGGUUCAACUGUUUUUAGCUGGAAAUUGUAUUCAUAAAAAUCGAUGUCGACAACUGUAGCAAAAAGCUUUUUGAAAUUCGUAAACAGAAGCCGAAGCAAAUAGAAAAAUAUGUAAAAACAACAGGCCUAUCAAGUUGACUGUGUAGACUUUAUGUUGAAGACAAAAAUUACUACUAAUAAUACAUGAAAUAUGGUCGGACCUGUCUGUUACGCUUUGUAUACAAUAAUUAAUAAUGCGAUUAUUUUAACUUUGGCCUUAUUUUCUCUGUUAACUACUGGCUAGACGAUAGUUUAGUUUAGACAAGAGUAAGAGUAGGUGAGUGGCUGAUUGUUCCCUCAGCUGCUGUAUGGUAUAUUUACCGAUAGCGACGUAUCUUAGGCUCUAAUAAUAAUAACGAUGUACAAUAAAACACCCUCUUUGCCUUAGUGAUGCUAUUCUUACCCCUAACGCUAUGGACGAUAUCACGUUAGAACCAAAUUUAUAAUGUAACUUGUAAAUAUGAAUCCUUACGGCUGAUGUAAAAUAUUGAGCACUAUGGAACACUUAAAUUCCUAAUAAUGGUCCAAACUUCACUCGCUUUUUUAUUUGUACUAUACGAUUAUACAAUUUCUAUAUAGAUAAAGAAAUAAUAAUAGUUAGACUAGAAAUACAACUUAUGCUUUAAUUUUAUUUUUUAGAUGUAAAACAAGUAUUUGUCAAAAUGCUUAAUUUUCAUAAUCAAAGUUUUAUGAAGAAAAGGUUGAUACCAAAUGCAGUAUUUUUUUUUAUAUUCUACAUCUUUGU